GCUUACUAAACACAGCUUUGACAAGAUGUGUCAAAGUAAUGUGCGAAAUGUCAACCUUUUUCUCUUUCUCUAUAUCCGGUCAACCAUAAGACCUCCAGCAAGAUGAGGAAGAUUAUGAAACAGAACAAAAUCGUAAUUGUCCUUAGUGGACGUUACGCCGGCCGCAAGGCUAUCGUUGUCAAGACCGUUGAUGAUGGCACUCCCGAUAAGCCAUUCGGUCAUGCCCUCGUUGCCGGUAUCGACAGAUACCCCCGCAAGGUCACCAAGUCUAUGGGCAAGACCAAGUUGAAGAAGAAGUCCAAGAUCAAGCCUUUCUUGAAGGUAUUGAACUACAACCACUUGAUGCCCACCCGUUACACCGCCAGCGAAAUCAGUUUCGAAAAGUUGUCGGCUAAGGAUCUUAAAGAUCCCAUCAAGAGGAAAACACACCGUUUCCAAACUCGCGUCAAAUUCGAGUCAUCCUACAAGGAGGGCAAGAACAAGUGGUUCUUCCAAAAGUUGCGCUUCUAAGCAGUGCAUUUAUUCCCUCUAAUAAAUUUAAAUAAUUUUUAUUUGUAAGAAAAAAAAAUAUAUUUUUAUUGGAGUUUGGAUACGCCGAUAUUUGGAAAAACUCUCCUAGUAAUAAAAUUGCUGUAGUUUAUAUGGGAACCAAUAUGAAA